AAUAACUUUUUUUUAAACAAAAAAUAUUUCAUGCUUCGAAAAUKUUUUAACCCUGCUUUCAAAAUAAGACAUCUCUUUAUUUCAAGGAAUAUUUAUAUUUCCUGCCAUAAAUUGCAGAAGAAUCCAAGUUCAUCCAGAUGGAUACAGCGACAUAUAAAUGACCCAUAUGUUAAAUAUGCAGCUCGUGAUGGUUAUCGCUGUAGAAGUGCUUAUAAAUUAAUUGAAUUAGAUGAUAAAUUCCAUUUUUUACAACCUGGAAAGGUUGUGGUUGAUUGUGGAGCUAGUCCAGGUUCUUGGACACAAGUUGCUGUGAAAAAAGUUCUGCGCACUAGAAAAGGUUCAAGUGCUACUAGCAAAGGAUUGGUUAUUGGGUUAGAUCUACUUGACAUAAAAGAAAUCCCUGGUGCAAUAUUACUCAGCAGUCAUGAUUUUACAAGUAAAGAAACACAAGAGAAAGUACUUUCUUUACUUCCAAGUACUGGAGCUGAUGUGAUCCUAAGUGAUAUGGCUCCUAAUUCCACAGGUAAUCACUCUCUUGAUCAUGAAGCAAUUCUGGACUUAACAGAAACCGUCUUUCAUUUUGCAACUAAAACACUGGCUGAGAAAGGAACCUUCUUAUGUAAGCUAUGGGAUGGUCGAGGAACGGAGGAUUUUAUUCGAAUGUUACGGAACAAUUUCAAGGCUGUUAAGAAAUGCAAGCCUCGAGCAAGCAGAAAUGAAUCUUCGGAACUCUACCUCUACGCUGAUGGAUUUUCACUUCGGGAUUGAGCGGCUCAUUUUUAUGUUCUGCUAGCAGGAUAAACCCUCCAAGGCGAAAUAGUAAGCCAGAGAUCUUCACCUUCGAUGAACAAGACAUUCACGCCAUGUCUUCGAACGGGAAAUAUCCGUUACACGCAGUUAAAGAAUUAGAAAGUCCUUUGUACCACUGAUUCCACCAAGCGUCAAACCCCAACAAGCCUACAAACUGGUAUCCUAUACUGAAUUCAAAAUACAGUCUUUGAAAAGUAAAAAAAACCAAAAAACUCCCCAUUCAUCACUGACAACCUAUAAAAGAAUUUUGAGAUUCAGUGAAGAACGUGCAAACAAACAAAAAUUUACAAUGUGCCAAGCAAUUACCAAGUAUUUGAAAUUUAUAUCUUUAAUAAUGGCUGACCCAGCACUCUUCCAAGAAAUAAAACCUUGUAUACCUUCUUUAGGUAUAGGAACUUUCAACACAUAGCUAAAAAAGUUAAAAACCCCUGUUAGAAAUCAGUUUGAUUUGAAAGAAUAUUCAGUUUUUACUUCCUAACUUUAACUGAAUUUAAACAGUUUGACAGAUACACCUUCAUUUCAGUAAAAUGUUUGUAUCCUUCAGGAUGGAAGGCCGUGAAAUAAAGUUUUUUCUAUACUCAUA